UUGUCUGUCGCGGCGUCUUUGCACGCAAACGUCGCGGCAGCGAUUGGCUCCUCGACUUGACCCUCUAAUCUCCCUCAUCCUCACCACCCCUCCCGGCCCGCCAUGUCCAAAUCUGACGAGCCCAUUGGGCUCAUCGGAGAUGCGCUGAAUCAAUCCUCGCAAACGUCUGGCUCGCAGGUCGCAAUCGCCGCCGCAGCCUUCGUUGGCUUGGCCAUCUUCACGUUGGGCGCCUUCUCACUGCUACGACCCAAUAACAAGAUCGUGUACCAGCCGAAGCUCAAAUACGCAGCUGGCGAAAAGAAGCCACCACCCAUCUCAGAUGGCGUCUUCGGAUGGAUCCCGCCGAUACUCAAGCUGGGCGAGGCAGACUUGCUUCCCUUGAUCGGUCUCGACGCAGUCACCUACCUGCGAUUCUGCAAGAUGAUCGUCUACAUCACCGCGAUCCUUGCCAUCAUCAUGUGCGGUACCUUGAUCCCAGUCGACCUCACUUUCCACUUGAAGAACGGCAACGAUGCCUCUACCAAGCAGUACAACAUCAACGCUCUCACCAUGAACUCAGUGUCGGGCAACUACAUCUGGGCUCACGUCGCAAUGAGCUACAUUGGCACCAUUGUCGCCCUCUUCUUCAUCUGGCUCAACUACAGACAGAUGGUUAGACUGCGCUGGAAGUGGUUCCGAUCAGACGACUAUCAGACCUCCUUCAACGCUCGUACUCUCAUGAUCACGCACGUCGACAAGCGUAUGCGGUCAGACGAGGCUCUUGCUGGCGCUCUGUCAUCAAUUGGCAUGCCGUAUCCCACCACCGAUGUCCACAUCAGUCGCGUCGUCGGUCAGCUGCCUUACCUCAUUGAGGAGCACGACGAGACGGUCAGGAAGUUGGAGCGAGUGCUAGCCAAGUGGCUCAAGGACCCAAACCACGUCCCGUCUAAGCGUCCGACGAUGAAGAUCGGCGCGAAAAUGGGCUUCGGUGGCAAGCAGGUGGAUGCCGUUGACUACCUGACCAACCGCAUCAACAACCUCGAGGCCACCAUCGAGAACUGGAAGGAGCGCAUCUCGGAGCGCAAGCCAGAGUCGUACGGUUUCGCAUCGAUGGCCACCGUCCCUUUCGCCCACGCCGCCGCUCGCUCGCUGCGUGGCAAGAAGCCGCGAGGACUCGAAGUCACCCUGGCGCCACCCCCGCGUGACAUCAUCUGGAAGAACCUCAACCUCUCCAAGUCGCAGCGCUUCCGCUCAAGUGUGUGGGGCUUCGUCAUCCUCUCGAUCCUACUCUUCAUCAACGCGGUGCCCUUGGUCGCCGUUGCCCUGAUCUCACAGAUGGAGCGCUUCAAGGGCGUCCUGCCCUUCCUUGCCACCUGGCAGAACUCGAGCUCGUGGUCCUUCUCAGCCGUUUCCGGUCUGGCGCCUCCCGCUAUCUCUGGCGUCUUUGGCUACUUUCUGCCACCGCUCAUGCGCCGUAUCGGAAAGUACCGCGGUGUGACCACUCGCAACCGCCUCGACCGAGUCAUCACGAACCAGUACUUUGGAUUCCUGAUCAUCUCGCAAUUCAUCGUCUUUACGCUGGUCGGUGUCACCCUCACCACCAUAGCUGCGGCCAUCAAGAACAGCAAAGACGCACGCAACGUCGACCACAUCCUGGCCACUGUCAAGAACCAGUACCUGAACAUGGGCAACUACUGGCUCACCUGGAUUCCGCUGCGUCUCUUCGUCGCCGCUUUCGACAUCUCGCAGGCCAUCAAGCUUCUCUACACGUGGGUCCUGUCAGCAUUCCUCGGCCGCACGCCGCGAGACAUCCGCGAGUUCACAAAGCCCCCGAGCUUCGACUACGCAAUCUAUUACGCCAACAUGCUCUUCCUCUUUGCCGUUGGCAUGCUCUACGCGACCCUCGCACCCUUGGUCCUGGCCUUCGUCGCAGUCUGCGCCUUCGUCUCCUUCUACCUCUACAAGUACAUGCACAUCUACGUCGUCGUCACAAAGAACGAGUCGGGCGGUCGUCUCUGGCGCGUCGUCAUCAACCGACUGCUGGUCUGCAUCGUCUUCAUGCAGGUCAUCUUGGCGCUCGCUGUGGCGCUCGACCAGCACUGGCCUGCCUUUGCCUGCCUUCCGCCCAUCCUCUUUGUCCUCGCCUUCAAGAUCUACUGUCGCAUCGCCUUCGACAGGCAGUUUGACUGGUACAUUCCCGACGCGAGCGAAAUUGCCUCGCUCAAGACGCACACGGGCGACGCAAGCCAUCACCGCCUGGCUCGUCGCUUCGGGCAUCCCUCGCUCCACCAGAAGCUCUUCACGCCCCUCGUCCACGCCAAGGUCAAGCAUCUUCUCCCUCAAGUCUACUCAGGCCGUCUCGACGAGCACGACUCGUACGGCGACCCGAGCAAGACCAGCGUCAUGGCCGGCCCUGGCGGUCUGGAGAUCAAGGCCGUCGAAGAAGAGGAGUGCGCCUACGAUCCUAAGCUGGACAACGAUGCCGCCUCGAUCUUCUCGACCAGCACGGCUGCUCCCUUCCGUGGCGCUCCCUCGCGUCAGGGCACGGCCGACUUCCAAACCCAGUACGCAGGCUACAUGGCUGGUGGGCCGCGCAACCCGGGCAAUGCGUUUGAGAUGAACAACCUCGCUGCAGGCAGCCAGGAGAAUCUGCUCGAGAAGGCAGCAAUGUAUGACGAUACUGGGCGACAGCAACACUUCCGCAAGGGGUCCGCAGGCACUAUGCUCAGCUUCAACUCGCGACCCUCUCCGGGCAACGAAAUCCCGCCGCCUCAGCCUGCUGGCGCUAUGUAUCGCCCCAACACCGCUGGCUCGCAGGGCUCUGGCAACGGCAACGGCAGCUUCUUCCCUCCUGGCGCUGGUGGACCGAUCCGUCCCGGUCAGCCCGUGAGGCAGGACAGCUACGGCAACGUCGGUCGCGGCACGCCUCCGCCACCCCGUGGAGCCGGUGGAUACCUCGACUCGGGUCGCUCCUCCCCUGGACCCGGCCAAUUCUACGCUUCGCCGCAGCGCGGCCCCUCUCCUGCUGGAGCUCAAACGCCAGGUAGCCGAGGAAUGUACGGCGCUCCCUCCGGAUAUGCCUCGCCGUCGAACAUGAGCAGCGCCUCACUGGUUGAGGUGCACCCGCAACACAGCAUGGCUGUCUCGGCUGCGAGCAUGUACGCUGAGGCACCGCAGCUCCCGCCGAGUCAAUUCGGUGGACCACCUCAGCCUACAUCGGCUGCGCGCUUCUACAACUCGUCGCCUCAGCAGCAACACCCACAGCAGGCGCCCUACUACCCUGCAGGGCAGCAGCAGCCCCCUAGGGGUGGGCCGCCUUACUACCGUUGAUCGGUAGGCAAGCACCCGCGCCACAUCCAUGGACACACAUUCCAUCUUCAAUUCUCUUCGUCACGCCUCAGCAACGCCUCGUCCAAUUCAAAUUCCCGACCGAUCACGCAAGUCCCAGGCCUCUCCUCUAUCCAUCA